GUUACCCGAAUGUACAGGAUGCCUCAGUUCAAGGUAGUGCCAACCCGAAAAAGAAAGAUUAUGAUAUCUCGGAAAAUUAAGGAAAAACUAGCCAAUAAAGAUAGUAUUGCUGGUGAAGAAGUUUUCAUGUUUAAUUUACCUAAUAGCCAAGAUCAUCAAAAUCAUCUAAUGGGUAACAUGGCUGCAGUAAUAGAACCUAUAGAUGCUAGAGUGCGGCAUUUCAUAGCUUCUAAAGUUAAGAAUGGAAAAUGCAAUGCCACUGUAAUUGCAGAGCUAUUAGAAGUAUACGUUUCAACUGAAUUGGGAGAAACUGAUAAAACGCGCAGACGAUUUUAUCCAGAAAUGGAGGCAAUAAGGAAAAUAAUAAGCCAAGCAAAAUCCGAUAUUAGAACUAGUAAAAUUGACCAGGAAAAUACAGAAAUGUUAAUAAAUAGCUGGGAUACUUCCAAGUGUUCUGUUUUUUUAGACCAUGUACUGAAAAUACAUAUGAUGGUACUGAGCCAAAUGACUUUACAGAUUCAAAACUAAAUCUGCUAUUUGUAUAUCAAAGUGAAGAAAUGAAAAAUUUAUAUGUCUUAUAUGGUUCUAAUCUUGUUCUUCUCGACGACGCGACCUAUCGAACCUGUAAGUAUGCUCUCCCACUUUAUUUUUUAGUUGUCAAAACAAAUGUGAACUAUCAAAUAGUGAGCAUAAUAAUUACACAAAAUGAAACAGCCAAAGCAUUAGAAGAAGCUCUUAUAAUUAUUAAAAAU